UACACAUAGUGAAAUAUUCUGAACAGGAACAACACCGGAGCACUGACGGAGUAACAAAGUUUCCACAACGACAGAAAGGUAAGCUCUUCCCAAAUACUCCAACGUCUUAGAAAUCUUUGGUCUAUGAAUGAAUCUCUUAAAUGCAGGGUCACCUAGAUUCAAGUUCAUCACCCGAUCAUAUGCUGGACUUAGGAUUAAUUAAAUCCUUGAUCGUGAUCUUGAUCUUAAGCCUCAAUUCUGCGUCGUUAGUCAAUUUUACUGUUUAAUAACCGUUUUCAUCAUCCUACAACAAUAAUUGGAUGAUUGAAGUGUGGCAGUGAUUUUGGAUACAUCAUUCAGGAAAUUAACUCCUUGUGUACUAAAAUGGAGGAUAACAGUAUUGAUGAUAUGGACUCUUUGUUUGAAGGAAUGGUUCUCUUUACUCCCCAAGCAGUAGAAAACCAUGAUGCAAAUUCUCAAUCUGAUGUUUUUCCUUCUAUGAAUAGUGGUAGCACUGUCAAUUUAUCUUUGCAUUCAUCUCAACCGCUUGACGAGAAUCUAUUUUCGGAUCUCACUGUUAUCGAUCCUUCUCAUGUUGUAGCAACUGAAACUGAGUCAUUGAUGCCAUCAAAUGACACUUCAGUCAUGACAGCAAGCACAAUGAUAUCUGAAACACAAACAGCUCCGGUUACUAAGGUUUUUCGGCAAUCAUCUAGAAAAAAGAAAAGAACUGGUUUAAGGAUUGGAUAUGGGAGGGAUUCACAUCUUGCUGAUGAACCUGAGCCACUUCUACAUUCUAAUGAACCUCAAGUAAUAGAUGAACAAUAUGGGUCCGAGAAUUUGUUGCAGUCUGUAACAACUAAUUUAAAUGGCAAAGGAAAUGAAAAUCUCGAAUCCAUUCCGUUUUCUUCCUAUCCUGGCAUAAAAGAUAAAGUUGAAUCUGGUCAAAUCCAACAUGAAAAUGGAAGUAUACAUGUUGGUUCACAUGUUGUAGUAGAAUCACCUUCUUAUCAAGUUAAUCGAGACGAUAUCUCCCCUGACGAAGGAAAUAUUACGUGUACUCCAGAAACUGAAGCAUUGCCUAUUCUUAAGGAGCUGGAAAAGGAAGAGCAAAAGGUGGGUUGUGACUCGGUAGAGGGGAAAUAUGAACAAGUUAAGGCUCAAAUAUCUCAGAAGGUGAGAGACACCCGGGAACAAGUUUUAUCAAUAUCAGCAGCAAGGAAGGAUUCCAGGAGGCGGAGAAGAAAAGCCUUAGAGAAUCUUGAACUAGCUUCCGUAAAGUUCAAGGAAAUUGAACAGAAGCUUGAAGAAGCCUGUGAAGCUGAAGAUUUUGAAAUGGCAGACAGCCUCAGUGAGAGUCUUGCAGCUGCUGAAAAGGAAAAAGAAUGCAUGUUAAAUGCACUUAAAGAUGCUGAGUCUGAUUGUGAUGCUAUUGACUCAAAGAUGGAAGAAGCACUGGAACAUCAGAUAGCCAUUGAGGAAGAAUGUGUCCCUUUGCUAAGAAGUUUUUCUGAGAACGCUGCAAGAGAAGCAGACUUGAUCCUGGAGAAUGUUGAAGUCAAUUCUUUAAAGAAAAUGGAUGAAUGGUAUAUGUCUAUUGACACUAUGCAGACAAAAAAGUUGGAAAUAGAGAUUGAAUCACAGUUAGUAAUUGAAGCUCGUUCAACAUUGACUGAUUCAGUUGACCUUUUAGUUGAAAAUGAUGUCAAGGAAAAAGAUGUCCUUUGUAAGGAAAAACAAAUAUUGAUGCAAGAGUUGGAAGAACUUUUGCGUUUGGUGCAGAAAAAAGAGGCGGAAAUAGCUGAAAACAACUCUAAAAUUGAAGCCGCUGACAAAAGAAUUGCUGAAGUGACUGCACAUUACAAGGAUGUCCAAACAGAAAUUGAUUCCAAGUUUGAGAAGUUGCAAGGUUGUCUCUCUCAAGUGGACUUAGAAUGUCGAGAUUUAUUUAAAAAGAAAGAAGAAAUUGACGACCUUCUUUCUCAAGGAAAGAGCCGAGGGAAAGAACUUAAAAAGCUUGCAAUGGAUUGUGAAGAUGAAGCUAAAGCAUACCAAGAAAACCUUAAAUUCAGGAAAGCUUUAGUUUCUUCUGUCUUGAAAGUUAGAAAAGAAAAGUUAAGGCUUGCCAAGACCGAGGAGAAAAUUGUGGCUGAUACUCAAAUGCUCAAACAGGAGAUUUCUGUUGCAAGAGUUGACCUGCAGGAAUUAUCCACCACAAAAUCAAGCAUCCAGCAGGAAGGCGCUUCUAUGAAACAAAGAAUGCUCUUCAUAGAAAAAAGGGUGCCAGAGAUUGAAGCAGAGAAGAAAGUCGCUGCAUCUGCCAGAAACUUUAAAGAAGCCGCACGUAUAGCCUCGGAAGCUAAAUCUUUGAUGGCUGAGAAGGAAAUUUUGCUGUCAGAGAUGGAAGAAUCAACGAUAAAACUGGGAAAAAUUGAGGAGAGGAUUGAUGAAACUCUCAAGAAAUUGCACGAGUUUGAAGAACUUGUAUCGUCCAAGGAAAAAGAGGCAGCAGUCGCCAGAUUUCAGAGGCUACGCCUUAUUUCUGCUGCUGUUUCAUGUGAAAGAUCAGCUGCUUUAGAGCUGGGUGAUAUUGAAGAAGCUAAUGUACUUCUUGCAGAGGCUGAAGCAGCAGAUUCGGAAGCUAAAGAACUUGAGUCAUUACAUAAUAUAAGCGAGACAGAAUCUCAAAGCUUCUCGGAGCAGUUUAUUCCGAUGGAGCUUGUAUCAAGCCUUGACGGAAAACAGUUGGAAGAAUUAGCAGCUCGGGGUAGUCAAUCUUCAUUGUGAUACUGUAAAUGGGUGUUGGUUUUUGUGAUGAUAUUCAAUUUUCAAAAUUAAUAUAGGAAAUUUUUGUUUGCCUAUCAUGUGAGGAAAUAUAUCCAUUUUUCCUGUUCAGUUCCUGUAUUCAUGCUGGUCAGCUGGUGUAUGAUUUUAAACCAAUAAAAACUUACUAAGGCAUCCUUGCUUUGAGCAUGUAAAAUUUCAUUGCUGACAUAUUUUCAAGAGUUGUGUGCUAAAUUUGAUCUUUUA